AUGGAUUUCGGUCGUGAGAAGCCUGUGACUCUGUUUUCCAGCGAAGGAAACCUAGGGCAGUGUGACAAUGCCCUCAGAGCUGCAGCCAAUGGUAGUUUAUCUAUUGGGGCAAGUGCAGCUGAUGGUGUUGUUCUGAUGUCCUUUAGGGAUGUGCCUCCGCUUGUUAUAAAGGAAGAAGUGAAGAAAGUGUUCAAGAUUUGUGACACAAUAGGGUGUACCUAUUCUGGACUACAGCCUGACUGCCGGAUACAGGUAAAUAUAGGAUGCCAGAUAGCAGAAGAAUACUAUGAUGUGUAUGGGAGGUAUCCAGAUGUAGAUGUAUUUACUGCACAUUUUUCUUCGGUUGUGCAAGAGUAUACGCAGAAGAGUGGAUACAGACCAUUUGGGACACUCAUGAUAUUUGCAGGGCCUGUAAAGGGAGUUCCAAGGCUAUAUCAAGUGGAUCCAAGUGGGUCUUAUCAAACGGCAGAUGUAUGCACUUCGGGAAUAGGAUACAGUGAGGCAAAGAAGUUCAUUAAGAGACGACUAGAAAGCCUUGAUGACAACAUGGUCAAUUGUGUGUCUUCAAUGAGAGAAUUUGCAGGAAAGGAAGUACAUCCAGAAGAUAUCGAUAUUGGGGUGUAUUAUAAGACAAAGAAUGUAUUUAAGACAUUCACUCUUGAUGAAGUCAAGGAGGUGUUUGAUUCUCUGAGCAAGAACUAG